AUGUCUACUGAUAGAGCUGUUUAUAAUAAUUUAAACAUUCAAUUAGAACACGAUGCUUGUAAACAAGUAUUGUCUUGUAUAAGAGUUUUCUUCAAACAACUGAUUAAACGUAAACCAAUGGACAAAUUACAAGCUGAAAUUGAUACACAAAAUGAAUUGAGACGUGAUCUAAUCACUGUUGCUUGGAGUAAGCAGGUUGUCCUGUUUGUUGAUAUUAUUUCUGAUUAUAACGUAUCAAGCAAGAUUGUUGGAGCACCAUUGUAUUGGAACGAAGAUGCUGAACGUUUUUAUGUCACUAGUCAAGUGAUUAAUUUACCUGCUAUUGCAAUUACUAUUGUAAUUACAAUUCUUCUUAUGAUUCGAAGUCGCCAAACAGCUAGAAUAAAUCUCGUGUUGGUUGCGUUUAAAAUUAUAAUACUUUUGAUAUUUAUUUUUGCCUGUUGUAAUUAUGUCAAUCCCAAUAAUUAUCAUCCAUUUUUUCCACCCAAUAAAGGUUCGUUUAGUGAAUAUGGAGUAACAGGCAUGUUACAAGCCUGUACUUAUGUUUUCUUUGCAUAUGUGGGUUUUGAUGCAGUUUCAACAGUUGCACAAGAAGCGAAGUCAUCACAAAGAUCGCUGCCAAUUGCCAUUAUUGGGUCAACAGUUGUUUCACUAUUAUUUUAUAUUGGAAUAUGUACUGUCAUGGUUGGACUAGUUCCAUACGACUCAUUAAAUUCAGAUAGUCCUCUUUCUCACGCAAUAAAAGCUACACCUUACGGUCUUUGGUUAUCAAUCCUUAUGGACUUGGGUGCUAUCGCUAGUCUCACAACUGUAGCAUUAAUUGUAAUGCUCUCACAAACUCGACUAUUUUAUGCAAUGGCUCAUGAUGGGUUGCUACUACCAAUCUUUGCUAGAAUUCACUCUCAGACAACAACUCCAUGGGCUUCUAUAUUAAUUUGCGGUGUAUUUUGUGCUAUUUUUUCGGGUAUCUGUCCAGUAGAUAUUCUUGGUGAAACAACUUCAAUUAGUGCCCUAAUUACAUAUAUUUUCGUGCAUAUUACGGUUAUAGUCAUGCGCUAUACACAUAGAGAUAUGCAACGACCAUUUCAAGUGCCAUUUGGUUCAUGGCUGAUUCCGACUAUAGGUACUUUACUUUGUAUACUUCUUAUGAAAGGUAUAACAAAAGCAACAGGUUUUCGAUUCCUUGUGUGGAUAGCAUUAGGUCAAAUUAUUUAUUUUUCCUAUGGUUUUUGGCAUUCUAAACAACGAAAAUUAUUAAGAAAUGAAUCAAAUUUAAGUACGAUCGACCUUGUCCCAACUAUUUCAAGUGCAAGGGAACAACAUUUGCAAAGUGGAUUUGAAUUGGAUUUAAUUAGUGAGAAUAGUGGAAAUGCAGUAUAA